AUGUCUCGAGAUGACAUCUCGAGCUGCUUCAAAGAUCGCCAUCUGGUCAUCGUGGGCGACUCGACCAUGCGCCAGAUCUACUUCGCUGCCAUGACGCGUCUGGAUCAUUACGUUGCCGAGAAGGCCAUCCUUGACUUUGCCGUCUCCGUCGACAAGCACCAGAAUCUGUCGAGGGACGUCGAGGGCGUCAAACUCGACUUUAUAUGGGACCCAUGGCUCAACUCCACCAGCCUCUUGAGCCAAUUGGCUCGAUUCCGGGACCGGCCUGGCUCCGCCGAUUAUGAGAGACUUCUCCGACAGGAGGGGAGAGAUUCGCCCGCCCUCAUCGUUGUGGGCACUCCGGGCCUGUGGGCGGCCCGCCAGGGCGGCGAUCGGUACUUGGAGCUCUUCAGAGAAGGCAUCAAUGUCCUCAUGCCGUACCUGCACAAGAGUAUAGACGAGUCGGUGGCCCUGCCCAGCACCAAGUCACAGUCGCCCUUCGACGAGAUGUCCAACCAUAUGCUUGUCGCACCCGUGCCCAUUCCGGCCUACGAUAUGCUCACUCCGUCGCGCGCGCGUUCCAUCACGCCAAAGAGGAUCGAUGCGAUGAAUUGGAACCUGGAGCACUUGGAACAGUCUGAGCAAUCGCACAUCGUGUGGGCCUACCACGCCAUGACAGAGGGUCACGACAACGCCAUGCUCGAGGACGGUAUCCAUGCUGUUGACGUCGUUGCCGAAAGGAAGCUCGACGUCAUUGUCAAUGCUCAUUGCAAUGCCGGUCUGGUCAGGAGAGGAUACGCAAACCAAAUCACCUGCUGUGCGCCCUAUCCGUCUCUCGGGCGAGUACAGCUUCUGCUUCUUGGUCUCAACAUACUGACUUUGCCUGUUCUGUUCCUGAGUCGGCAACAGGAUGCGUUUCCCUCUCCUCGGACGCAAUGCGUCAUGGAUACCCUCAUGGCGGUGGCCACUCUGCUUGUUGUCGCAGUCUACUGCCUUCUUGCCGACCGAACUCACGUCCUCGCGAAACAGGAUAAGCACUUUGAUGUCCCCGACUUCGUCUUGCCCCUGGUCGGUCUUGCGGUACUUGCAGCGCUGUCUCUUCGUUCCAGGGUACCCACCACCCAGUCGCCGACGAGAAUCCCCACAACGACGUCGUUCUUGUCUCGUGAGCAGACGGAUGAGUGGAAAGGCUGGAUGCUGGCUUUCAUUCUGAUGUACAACUAUCACGCAGCAUCAGAGUCGUCGGCGAUGUUCAAAGCGCACAAGUUCAUCGUCGCGACUUUCAUCUUCCUGUUCACCUACAGCCACACGAUGUACUUCCUUCGGACGGAGGAUUACUCGUUUCGUAGGGUUGCGUAUGUGCUGCUUCGGCUCAACUUGCUCACCUGCCUCCUGGUCUUCACGAUGUCCAGUGAAUGGGUCAUCUAUACCGCGCCGCUGGUCACCUUCUGGUUCGGUGUCACAUACACGUCUUUAGCGUGCUUCAAAAGGGCCAAUAGUAACCCUGUGGGUUUCUCCCUGAAAAUCGUGGCUUUUGCUGCUUGCACUACCUAUCUGGUGCGAAGCACGCGCGCCCCUGAGCGGCUUGCGUCGAUGCUCAAGUCAGCCUGUGGUAUCUACUGGGACCUGAACAAUCUUCGCGCGCACUUUGAACAGGAUCGCUUCGUCCCGUACUUUGGUAUACUCACGGCCGCAGCCACGCACCGAGUCUCGGUGCUACGGCGUCGCCAACACGGCAUCAACGCCCGGGCGUUGUUCGAAAGGAUCAACAAUGCGUUGGACCGGACACUAAUGGAAAUCGCCUACCCCGAACGAGACGCGAUACCGGUGAAGCCGAUAAUGAUACUCUUCUCCUUCGCCUACCUCGUUGUUUUCAUCAUACUCACCUUCGUCUCCGAGGUCUACCACAGCAACGAUUCCUACAAUAUUUACCACCCAUACACCAGCCCGUGGUUUGUGCUGUCAGCCAUCGUCGCAAGGAACUCUUUCCGAGCGCUGCGCGAGCUUCACAUUCCGCUUUCGGCAGCUCUCGGACAGAUUUCUCUGGAAGCUUACGUUUUGCACCGCCAUAUCUGGCUUGCAAGUGAUGGGGCCGGAGUCUUGAGGAUUGGAAGCCAAAGCCACAUUCCUAGGGCAACGGAGGUGAUGAUCAUCGCCGCCAUCUUCAUCUGGGCUUCUGCCAAGUGCCACAGUGCCACCGUGAACAUCGUCUUCGGGCUGAUCGGCACGCAGAGAAGGGAGCAGAUGGAAGACGUCUCGCUGGAUAGCACUUUGCCAGUCAAGGAUGAUAAGAGGAGCCCUGUUCCGUGGCAAAAUGCAGAAGCAGCAGCGGCGGCGGCGGAACAGGUGAUAGGGGAAGGCAAGACGGACAGCUCAUCUGUCUCACCCAGCGCCUUGCGGCUGAGGAUCGUGGGCCUGUUGGCCAUGAUGUGGCUCGGGAACAUUAUUUACGGCGUUUGA